UGGCAGGCAGAUUCUCAACCACUGCGCCACCAGGGAAGCCCUGAAAAUAACAAUUUUAAACAAAAUUAUUUGAUGACUUCUUUUGCUUGCCUUUUCUAAAUCUGACAUUUCUUUCUCUGUUCCUAUAGAUUGCAGCUUUCUCUAUCACAGGUAGAAAUGUACAGGCACCACUUUAUGGACUGAGUGUUUCUACCACCCCCAUUCAUAUAUUAAAUCCCUUACCCCCAGUGCGGUGAUAUUUGGAGAUGGGGUCUUUGGGAGCUAAUUAGGAUAAUGAGGGUGGGGCCCUGGUAUGAUGGGAUUAGUACCCUUAUAGGAAGACACACUAAAGAGCCUGAUUUCUCCCUUCAACAUAUGAAGAUGAAAUGAGAAGGCAGCUGUCUUGAAGCCAGAAAGAGAGUUUUCACCAUACCCUGAUCAUGGUGGCACUCUAAUCUCAGACUUCCAGACUCCAGGUCUGUGAGAAAUAAAUUUCUGUUGUUUAAGUCACCCGACUAUGGUAUUUUAUUAUGAGCUGGCUAAGAUUUUGAUACCAAGAAGAUGGGGUGCUCCCAUAACAAAUACCUAAAAGUGUAGAAGCGGCUUUGGCACUGGGUAAUGGGUAGAGGCUGGAAGAGUUUUGAAGUGUGUGCUAGAAAUGUGGACGUUAAAAGUAAUUCUGGUGAAGUCUCAAGACAGCAAUGAGAGCAUGUUAUUGGAAACUGGAGGAGAGGGCGAUCCUAGUUAUAAAGUGGCAAAGAACUUAGCUGAAUCAUUUUCUAAUAUUUUAUGAAAGGUAGAACUUGAGAGUGAUAAAUUUAGAUAUAUAGCCGAGGAGAUUUCUAAGCAAAGUGUUGAAUGAACAGCUUGAUUUCUCCUGACUGCUUAUAGUAAAAUAUAAAAGGAGAGAGAUGAAUUGAAGAAGCAAUUGCUAAACAAAAUGGAACUGGAACUUGAAGGUUUGGGGAAUUUUCAGUCUAUCCAUAUUGCAAAAAAUGAGAAAGCAUGUUCUGAAGGGAACACCAGGGGUGUGACUGGACUGUCGCUCAGUGAAGAGUUUCUGGGAUUAUAAGAGCAGAAACACUUCCAGUUUGAACUAAAGAUGUAAUGGAUGAAGGCUAUUAAAGUUAUUAAAUUUGACAGGACAGGGAUAUUAGAGCUAUUUGAUGGUGAACAUGGCGCUUUUCUUAAGCACCAAAUGAUCCCAAAAGUGAUUCAGAGAUUAUCAGGUUUCAACAAGCUAGAAAGCCUCUUUUGGAAGCCUUGGGGCUGGUACUACCCUGCAGAGCUCUUGGAAGCCUUGGGGCUGGUACUACCCUGCAGAGCUCUUGGGGUGGGACCCUCACCUAGAACUUUUUGGGUGACGUUGCUGCCCUGGGGGCCUGGAGGGCAGAGUAUGAAACCAAAGAGGAUUAUUCUACAACCUUAAAAUCUAAUGGAAUUUGCCUUGCCAGAUGUUGGACUUUUUUGGGGACGUAUCACCCCUUCUUUCCUGUUUCUCCCUUUUGGAAUGGGAAUGUCCAUCCUUUGCCCAUCCCACUACUGUGUUUUGGAAGCAUAUAACAUUUCUGGUUUCACAGGUUCACAGCUGGAGAGGAUUUUGCCUGAGGAUGGACUUUAGAGUUGAUGCUGGAAUGAGUUGAGAAUUUUGUGGCUGUUGGGAAGGAAUGAAUGUAUUUUGCAUGUAAGAAGAACAUGAAUUUGGGAGAUCAGGGUGGAAUGUUACGGACUGAAUGUGUGUGUCUCUUCAAAAUUCUUCUGUUGAAGCCCUAACCCCCAAUGUAGUGAUAUUUUGAGAGGGUCUUUGGGAGGUAAUUAGGUCAUCAGGGUGGCCGUAGUUCCUGAUGGAAUUGGUGCCCUUAGAAGAGACACCAGAGAGUUCCAUCUCUCUCCCUUUCUCCACUAUGUGAGGAUACAGUGAGAAGUUGGCUCUCUGCAAGCCAGGAAGAGAGUUCUCAUCAGAACCCAAUCGUAAUGGCACUCUGAUCUCAGAUUGUGAGAAAUAAAUUUCUAUUGUUUGAGCCACCUAGCCUAUGGUACUUUGUUACGGUAGCCCAAAAGAAGACAAGGCAUUUAAAAAUAUAUAGCCAGUUUGUGUACUGAAACUGACUGAUUCUUAGAUGUCUGCAAUUCCUUAACUCUUAACCUCCUCUAAUUGUGCUACAUUUAUGGACCAAAGAACACUAUAAUACCCUUGUAGUUCUUCACCUAAUCAAAUAUUGUAAGAGGAGAAUUAAUUUAUGGAAAUUCUAUUGUAAUUGAUUUCUUAGUACCACUACCAUUUACUAACUAUAAAAUAUAUUACAAUUAAAAACUUGAUUUUGAAAAAUUAGCAAUAAAAUUGAAUUUAAAUGUAUAUGUAUACAUUUGACCCCUUUUGAAAGAUUUAUUUAUAAGAUUCUUAUUUUCAGAAUAUAAAUUAUUGAGUUACUAUCUCACUGUGCCGUUUCUGAUAUAGGAAAUUACCUGCUAUAAAACAUCUUUGCGUUUAAAUGAUGCCCUAGGUUCUUUUAAUCUUUUUAAAAAUCUCAGACAGUUAAUUUAUAAUUUGGUUACCUUGACUCAUUACUCAUUUUUCAUUUCUCGAUAAAAGAGCAUAAAAUUUUUUUUUUUGCUAUGUUCAAGUUGGAUUUAAUAUACAGUUGUAAUGUUUACAGUUUAAUAAUUAUAAAAAGAUUUUUUCAACUAUAACUAAAAGACAGAGGCAGUCCUCGAAUCUAUUUUUAAAGAAAAUAUGAAGUUUAUAUAGAAAAAUUGCCUCCCAUUUCAAUUUUAGAAAAAUUUUAUCUUCUUAUUAACAAAAUAAUAAUCAAGAUGUUCUUUAUGCAGUAGUAGGUGUGAUACUGCAUAUAAAUACUGUAUGAAAUGUGUACUCUAUUCGAAUUUGGAGAGUUGUCAGAUAUGUCAAGUUGUAUCUUAAUAUUCUUUCAGAGAAUGUGAAAGUUGAAGAGACAAGCCCUACAGUGUAGUGAUCUUUUCUCUUCCUGCAUUCUUUAGUCUACCUAGUACAGUUGUAUAUUAAUAAUUUUAAAUGACUUUUUCUAUGCAUUUUUAUCAAAGACAAGUGUGAAACCUUCAGUGCUUAGUUCAUAGACUCUCAGGAACUGUUUGAAUGAAUGAUGCAUGUUUAUAUCAUCUUAGCCACUACAUAUUAGGAACAUCUUUUUCUGGGCAUGUGGAUCUUAUCUUAGUGAGUGUACAGAAUUUGAAAUAUUUUUAUGGUUGUUAGAAAAACAGUUUUUUCUUGCGGGCUUAGAUUUUUUUGCUCUAGAGAACUACUGUUACGUUAUCAGAAAUUUUAGGAUUUAAACAUUUUUCUGUUUUAAAAGAACCACAGUAAUCAUCUAUUUGAUCAUCCUGAGUCAUACACACAGGAAAGUAAUCACAAUGUUUGAUUAUUUCAAUUAUGUAUUCUUAUAUUGUGCUAUCCUUGUGUAUAAACACUUUUCUGUACUAUUGCUAGUUUACUUUAAGAACAAAAAGAGAUUGGGGGGGUAAAAUAGAACUUGGGUAACAUAUAUCCUAAGUAGACAUUAUUUUUACACAAAUUAUCCUUUCCUUGAAUAUGUUAGCAAGAGAAGUGUUGUCUUUAAAAAAACAAAAACAAAAACUGUACAAAUCUACAUGUUUUCCUUGACCUUCCUAUGGCUUAUUGUGUGUGGUUUGAUUUUCUUUUUUGUUACUGGAGUGUUUUCUUCUCAGAAUGAAAUGAAUUUUAUUUUAAAACUACACUACAGAAAGUAUUAUCCUCUAAUUUAGGAUCACAUUGUUAACCUUGUGUUCGUUAAUUCUCUCUGCUUAUAAAAAUUUGAAGGACAUACAUUAUGAAGCAGAGUGCAUUAGCUGGCAUCGUCCUGAUAUCUGUGUUUAUGGUAAAUAUACCAGUUCUAGAACAAAUGAAUCAGAUUUUGCACAUCUUGUUUAUAUUUUUACCCUUUCUGUGGGCACUCGGGACCCUACCCCCACCUGAUGCACUCUUCUUAUGGGCAAUGGAGCAGGUUUUAGAGUUUGGCCUUGGAGGCUCAUCUAUGUCAACCCACCUACGGUUGUUAAUAAUGUUCAUCAUUUCUACUGGAACAGCUGUAACAUCAUAUUUCAUUCCCAGCACUGUUGGUGUGGUUCUUUUCAUGACUGGACUUGGAUUCUUACUGAGUCUUAACCUAAGUGAGAUGGUUUUUGGCUUCAAACACAGUGUGACCGGACACAGAGUUGGAACCAAAUCUAAGGCUUUACCCAACAGUUCAGAAAAACAGUUUACUUGGAAGGAAUACCUUUUCUACAGCAUUGUAUUAGUCUUGGCUCUCUUAGAAACUGGUUUGUUGCAUCACUUUGCUGGUUUCUCACAGAUUUCCAAAAACAGUCCCCAGGCUAUUGUUGGCUAUAUUUUGAUGAUAUUAUUUAUAAUACUAUGGAUACUUAAAGAAAUUCAAAGUGUCUAUAUCUUUGGAAUUUUCCGGAACCCUAUCUAUCCAAAGCAUGCGCAGACUGUGACUUUAUUCCUAGAGAAGCAAACAAAGCUCAUGAAGAUUGGUGUUGUCAGACGGAUUUUGAUAAAUCUAGUGUCACCUUUUGCUAUGAUAGCAUUUCUUUCAUUGGACAGUUCCUUACAAGGACUCCACUCUGUGUCUGUCUCCAUUGGAUUCACAAGAGCUUUUAGAAUGGUAUGGCAGAAUACAGAAAAUGCUUUAUUGGAGACAGUCAUUGUAUCAGCAGUGCACUUGUUGAUCUCCAAUACAGACAUAUGGUGGAACCGAAACCUGGAUACAGGAAUCAGACUCUUACUGGUUGGUAUCAUGCGUGAUCGUCUGAUUCAGUUCAUCUCUAAAUUGCAGUUUGCUGUGACCGUACUCUUGGCAUCAUGGACAGAGAAAAAACGUAGAAAAUCAGCCACCACUUUAUGUGUACUCAACAUUGUCUUCUCUCCAUUCAUGUUGGUCUUCAUAGUUUUUUCUACACUACUCUCUUCUCCCUUACUCCCCCUCUUCACCCUUCCUUUGUUCUUGGUGGGGUUUCCUCGACCUAUUCAGAGUUGGCCAGGAGUUGUGGGCACCACAGCCUGUGUGUGUGCAGAUACAGUGUACUACUACCAGAUGGUCCCGAGUUUGAACACUGCCCUGCAGUCUGCAAUGGCAGCUGGAAGUUUAGGUCUCCUCUUACCUGGGUCUCAUUACUUGGGCCGUUUUCAGGAUCGUUUAAUAUGGAUAAUGAUUCUAGAAUGUGGCUAUACUUAUUGCUGUAUUAACAUUAAGGGGUUAGAAUUGCAAGAGACCUCCUGUCAUACUGCUGAAGCUCGAAGAGUUGACGAAGUUUUUGAAGGUGCCUUUGAACAAGAAGAAUAUGCAAGAGUAUGUUCCAUUAAUGAACACUUUGGAAAUGUCUUGACACCCUGUACUGUUUUGCCUGUGAAACUCUAUUCUGAUGCCAGGAAUGUCCUAUCUGGCAUAAUUGAUUCCCAUGACAACUUAAAAGAAUUUAAAGGUGACCUUGUUAAAGUACUUGUGUGGAUACUUCUUCAGUACUGUUCCAGAAGGUCCAACGUGCAGGAAAAUGUUCACAAAACUGAAAAUAAAGGGAAAGCAUCUCUAAUAAUCCUGCCUGCUUUGAAUACUUCACCAGAAACUGAAUCCCCAGAAGACACAGAUAGUUUAAAUUCAGAAAAUUUGGAUGACUGGUCUGAUGAUGUUUUUGGUGAAGAGCCAACUAUCAAAAAAGGAAAAGAAGAAAGAGAUCAGUUGAAAGUUUUGCCAGGUAUAAAUUUGCCUAUUCCAGGAUCAGUGGAAUCACAGAGGGUUGGUAAACAUUCUGCAGGCACAGUUACUGAAAAUAGUCUUUACCAAGCAGUUGCACUGGGAUACCCUGCUACUGACAAAGGAAAACAAGAAGCCAUGGCAUACAUCCCUCUCAUGGAGUUCAGUUGUUCUCAUUCUCACUUGUUAAGCUUACCUGAAGAGUGGAUAUCUAAUUGUUUGCCUAAUUCCAAAGUGAAGGAGAUGAGCUCAUUAUUUCCAGAAGACUGGUACCACUUUGUUUUAAGGCAGUUGGAAUGUUUUCAUUCAGAAGAAAAUGCCUCAGAUGUAGUGGAAGAAAUUGCAAAGGACAGAGUUUUAAAAGACUUUUAUGUUCAUGCAGUAAUGACUUGUUAUUUUAGUUUGUUUGGAGUAGACAAUAUGAUUCCUAGUCCUGGUCAUAUAUUGAGAGUCUACAGUGGUGUUUUCCCUUGGUCUCUUGCCUUGGAUUGGCUCACAGAGAAGCCAGAACUGUUCCAACUAGCCCUAAAAGCUUUCAGGUAUACUCUGAAACUAAUGAUUGAUAAAGUGAGUUUAGGUCCAAUAGAAGACUUUAAAGAGCUGACUAACUGCCUUGAAGAGUAUGAAAGUGACUGGUACAUUGGUUUGGUAUCUGAUGAAAAGUGGAAGGAAGCAAUUUUACAGGAAAAACCAUACUUGUUUUCUCUGGGGUAUGAUCCUAAUAUGGGAGUUUACACUGGGAGAGUACUUACCCUUCAAGAAUUAUUGAUCCAAGUUGGGAAGUUAAAUGCUGAAGCUGUUAGAGGUCAGUGGGCCAAUCUUUCAUGGGAAUUGCUUUAUGCCACCAAUGAUGAUGAGGAACGUUAUAGUAUACAAGCUCAUCCACUACUUUUAAGAAACCUUACAGUACAAGCAGCUGAUCCUCCCCUGGGAUAUCCAAUUUAUUCUUCAAAACCUCUCCAUAUACAUUUGUUUUAGAGCCCAUUUUAACUUGUAUUGUGAGCAAAUGAGAUGUCUAGAAAAUUAACAAUAUGAUUCCUCAUAACUUCACUGGACUUCUGUCUCUCCUCCCACAAGUCAGAUGCCUAAGAAAAGCUAAGCUCUAUAAAGUUGAUUCUCUUAGGUAUCUUAAUGGUUUAAAACAACAAGUUUAUGUCUAACAUAAAAGUUAGAAUUAGUUGGCCAAUAUUUGUGCCCUAUUGAGUGUGGUAGGCUUUGGUAAAUAUAAAACAUUUGUGUAAGAUUAUAUAAUGAAUUUUUUAAUGCUUUCUUAAAUGUGUGAUAAGUGACUUGCCUUAGAGAAGUCAACAACUAUGUAAUUUUUACAUGCUUAAAAGAUACACAUAUCAGUGUUUUUAAGUCAAGAUAAUGGAUCCUACUGAAGGUUACAUAAUGUAUAUAUAUUUAUUUGAAAUACUAAAUUUUAUAGUAUUUUCAAACUUUGUGCUAUUUUAUUUUAAU